AUGAGUUUGCAAGAUCUUCUCGCCCUGUCUGGUGUACCUGGUCUUCACGCCGGGGUGACUAUCUUAACAUCUACAUACGCCAAUCUGCAAAGUGUUAAAUUAUACAAGCAACAAUGCAAAGACAUGAGCAACCGAUGCGUCAGCCUGAUGGUCGCGUUACGGGAAGGUUCAGAAGGCUUGGAAGGCAACAGGGCGCUUGAAGUCGCGGACGAGGUCGAAGUUGUUAUACGUCGCAUCGAUAGAAAGGUGAAGGAAUGGGCAUCAUGGAAUCGCCUCAAGAGUUUUCUUCAGCAAAACGAAGUUAAAGAUGGGAUCGAUAGGCUGCAUCGAGAUAUAGAUGCAGCCAUGAUGAAGUUCAACGUCCGUAUAAACAUGGAGCUUGCUCGUGGACACAUGGAAUCGCAAGCCAUCCAAGAGCGUGACAAAGAAGAAAUACGAGAAGUCCUCCAGACGAUUGUAAAAAGCACUGAUGACAUGAGGGUUCUUCUGAAUAUGCAAUCAUCUCGUCCCGUCGAGGAGAUAAUGCAGAGCCUGCAAACGGAGUUGAUGGACCCAUCCUUGCAACCGAUACAAGAGCAGUCUUUCCGGGAAGGAUUGUGGCUUUUACACGAGAAGACUGACAAGCUACCUCCGUUGACCGAUUUGACUGGACAGGUAACUGUUAAUACCGGCGAAGUUGUUGCCAAAGGUGCCUCGAAUGAUGUAUACAAGGGUCAGUGGUUAGAUAAGGAACAACGAUUUCAACGCGAGGUUACAAUUUGGAGGGCUCUUAGACAUCCAAAUGUGCUCUCCUUGUACGGCAUUGUCCGUCUUGGGGGACACCUGUACUCCGUUAGCCCUUGGAUGGACCACGGAACUGCCAUUUCCUAUGUUAACAAGUAUCCUCAAGUUGAUCGACUAAAACUUCUAACUGAAGUUGCACAUGGUCUGGAAUACCUUCAUGACGAAGGCAUUGUGCAUGGUGAUCUCAGGGGUGCCAAUGUCUUGAUAGCAAAAGAUGGCUCGGCCUGUUUGUGCGACUUUGGUCUGUCGAAGUUCUUGGAGGAUUGUGGAAAAGGGAUGACCUCCUCAGCUAGCAUUAACCCUCGCUGGUUUGCCCCGGAGCUCCUGCAACAAACGGCCCCUGCCUCUACAUGCUCUGAUGUAUGGAGCUUUGGCAUGGUUUGCCUGGAAAUACUUUCCGGUCACCAGCCAUUCAACAACAUAAGUCGGGACAUUGUAGUCAUGCGUGAGAUAGACCAUGGGAAGACUCCCGAGCGACCAGGCCGGGUUGUUGGGCUCACUGAUGACGUUUGGGCGUUAAUGCGCAAAUGUUGGACAAAGAAACCAGACGCAAGACCCUCGAUAAAAGAAGUAAAGGAUAAACUCUUGGAAAUCAGGGGAAUGCCGAAUUCAUUUGGAUCCAGGCCUUUAGCGAAACGCCGUUCUAUAUUUUCCCUCCCUUCGCGGCCUUCAACAGGCGACAGCCAAUCGAGUUUCAGAUCUUCAAAGUCUGGUCAGCAGCUCAAAAUUCCCUUCAUUUCAGGCAAUGAGAUUUCAGAGAUGGAUGAGCUUUCACCGAUAUCCAUUCCCACCUCAAAGGGUUACAACGGGUCUUCACCUUUUGCGAGGCAAGCUCCUCAACAAGACGGGAGGCCCCCGUUAUUCAAUAUUGAAUUUACUGGUGCGGAUGUGCCCACCCCGAUGUCUCCCCGAAGCGCAUCACGUGUUCAAACAGCUGGACCUCCAAAGUUGGAAGUACCACACCUCUCUGUCUCGUCUCCAUCUCGAUAUGGCUCCCACUUUCUCAACCAAAGAUCAUUCUCUUCCGACUAUUACCCGUCCACGGUUCGGAGUGUGAUGUCGACUGAUUCAGGUAUUCGAAUGUCUGGGCCUAUUAGAGAAGCCGUGACAGAUUCAAGGUCCAUCGUCAAAUUCGGUACAACCGGAAAUGUCAUUUCCGGAACAUUGGAAGGUCUCGUUGGGCGACUCAUUAACAAUUUUAACUUGAGAAGGGAUCUUGAAUUUCGCGAUACGCUUCUAACGGCAUGUGCCGAUUUCACAACACCGGAAGAUCUGUUUGGAAUACUUGCUCGUCGGUUUCACGAGGCAGAAAUGGUUGAAGUUGUUCGUCCUGAGGAUCGCGUAGCCAUGCAAUACAACAUCUUUAUGGUUAUCAUGUACUGGCUAUCAAGCCGUCACCUUCCCGUCGAUCAGCAACUCCUAUGGCAAAUGAGGAACUUCUGUGAAGUAGCCAUUCGCGUGAAAACAUCAUCAACAAUGGUCGAUAAAGCUGGCGACUUGUUACAGAUGAUUGACGAAAGGUCAAAAAACGAUCUGUUAACGUCACCGCCACUGUCUCCCGGAAGAAAGCUGCUACAAGCUUCAGACAUUACUCCCCGCGAUCUCGCAAUUGCACUUACCCUUCUGGAGGGUGACAAGUACAAGGCUAUUGUUCCCUGUGAUUAUAUAGCUCAUCUCAGGAGGCAUGCUGGUUCCAACAGUGUCGAAGUUGCAUGUUCGGUGAACAACAAGAUCGUUCUUUGGGUCAAACAGUCUGUAUUGCAUUAUGACACCGCCGAAUUACGAACACAAGUCCUCAAGUUCUUUUUGAACACAGCACAUGAAUGCCGGAAACUCAGAAAUUAUGGGUCUCUCAUUGCAAUUGGGAUUGCACUUCAUUCGUCGCCUAUCGAACGCCUGAAGCGCACCAAAGCGGACUUAUCUCCGACUAUGAGACGUAAGCUAGAUGAGCUGGAAGACGUUUUUAGUCCCUCCUCAAAUCAUCGUGGCUAUCACGACGUCUUGAAUCAAGUCGAUGACCUGAAGAUGCGUGGUUACUGCAUUCCCUGGUUAGCUGUGCAUUUGAAGGACUUGCAUUCAGUUUUAAAACAGAACCCGAUUGUGGUUGAAGAUCAAGGCCAUCCAUUGAUCAACUUUCAGCGAUAUGUUAAAUUCAUGGACAGGAUCAAGGAAAUACUGCAUUACAAACCUCCCGAUUUGGAACAAUAUCGUCACCAAGGCCAGCUUGCUUACCUUGAGAAUCAACUCAAGGGAGUGCAGCCCACCGCAAAUACGGAUGACGAACUCAUGGAAAAGAGCAUCGCCCUAGAAGCGGGCGAGGUGCUCGAUUUCAAGCUUAGGAGGCGCGAGCUCCGGAGCCUCGGUUUUAGAACCACUUGA